UGUGAUCGUUUUCCCCUCCUGGUAAGCCAGAGAGGAGGGAGAGAGUUUGGAUAUCUGAUACCGCCAGGUCUGACCCGUCUCUAAUGGAAAUGCUGGCAGGAAGCUCAUAACAUUUAUUAGACAGCAGCGAGCAGCUUUAAUAAAAUCAGAAUCCACACAGCUUUAUUACAGACAUUGGGAAGGAAAGGGGCCUGAAGUGGCUGUUUAAGCACCAAGGGUUGCACACCCGGGGGCUGCUGAAAGAGAUCCUCUCCUUUAUGGAGUGGUGCUGGGUUCAUUAUUCAGCUUCCUUGUGAACCCUCUCGUUCAAACCCCGGGGAGGCCCCACACGCCUCCAGGAUGUUUUCCAUGUGCACAGCCCCCAGCUCUAGCCCCAGCCGCUCCUCCUCCCCUGCUUUUUUUUUGCAGAGGGGGUGGGAGGCCAGCCUGGACCUCUCCAUCAUCAGCCACAAGCUGAUGGGUUGCAGAGAGAGCUCCCAGCACUCCCAAAUUGCUUCCAGCUCCCAGCUCUGCUCUGGAGAUGCCCCGGGCAGGCGGUGGCCAAGGGAGUUUCCUCUUGGGAUGCAGUAAGGUCCCGUUGUCAACAGCCAUGUGCUGAAAGCAUGCACUGCCCCAGGAUGAAGGCUCUUCAGGUAACCUAUGACCUGUUAAGUAGCAGGUUUUGCAUCCUAAAUCCAGUCCUGCUCUGCCUCAGCACAGAGGGAAGCCUGCCCAGCACGUGUGGUGUGGCUGCAGCUUGGGGUGGAUCCAGCUUGGGAACUUUUCCUCCUGGGUGCUGUUGGGUUUGUAGCAGUGGCUCAGGCAUUGUCUGGUCCCCCCACUUUAAUUUUGGGUCAGCUCAGCUGCCCUUUGCCCCCUCAAGCUGCCCUUCCAAGGGAUGCUGUGGGACACAGGGCCACUGGCAGUGGUGAUUUUGUGGUGCCAGACACACGUGGGAAGGUGGCUGGUUGGCUCCCAGGAUUCAGAUCUCAUCCAGCAGCAACCCUGUGUGCUCUCACUUUGGAAAACAUCAUGACAACUCCUUGCAGUGCAAACCGGGACUUUAAACUGCUUUUAUUUAACUAGGUAUUUAUUUAAUCCCACAAAGUUUUCAAACCUUUUUUUUUUUUCUCCUGGAGGGAAGCUCCUUCCCGUGGCUGUGCCAGCGGGCAGAGGAUCACAGCAGAGAUCCCACCCGUGUGCAUGUCCCCAGCAGACUGGAAGUGGGUUAUUUUUCUUCCUUUGCAGUGAAAACAGAAUUGAAAAAUCCCUACAACAAAUAUUCCCCAAGAGGCCAUUUUUAUUCCUGGUAUGUCCAUUUGCAGCCGGGUUGUUGUGCAAUCCAGACCGCCUGGAUGGAGCAGGUUUGGGUGUAACCCUUCGGGUGCCGAGGGCCAGCUCUGUCUGUGGGUCACCCUGGGGUGAUCCUGCCUCUCUGCUCAGCCCUGUGAGGCACAUCUGGAGUGCUGCAUCCAGCUCUGGGCUCCUCAGGACGAGAGGGACGUGGAGCUCCUGAAGUGGAGGCUGUGGAGAUGAGGAAGGGCCUGGAGCAUCUCUGUGCCCAGGAGAGGCUCAGAGAGUUGGGCCUGGUCAGUCUCAAGAAGAGAUGACUCACAAGAGACCCCAUCCAUGAUAUAGGUAUCCAAAAGGAGGUGUCAGAUGGACAAGGAUGGACCAGGCUCUGCCCUGUGGUACCCAGCAGUGGGACAAGAGGAAUGGGCAGAAAAUGAUGCCCAGGAAAUUCCACCUGAACGUGAGGCAGAACUUCUUCCCUGGGCAGUGACCGAGCCCGGGGCAGAUUGUCCAGAGAGGCUGUGCAGUCUCCCUCACUGCAGGUAGUCUGGACACACUCCUGAGUAGGGUGCUCUGGGGUGACCCCACUGGAGCAGGGAGGUGGCCCUGGAUGAUCUCAGUUGUCCCUCCCAAGCUGAAUGGACCCGUGGUGGAGAGGAGAGGUGGUGCAGCCCAAAACCUGCCACCCCACAGGGAUUCUUUGUGGGGAGGGGAGGGCAGCAGCCCUGCCAGCAUCCAGGGAGGCAGCAGUGGGGCCAGGAGGGGUGGGUGGGAUGGCUCUUGAGCCACUUCAGAGCCGUCUGGUUCCUCUCAUCCAUGGGAGCAGCUGGCAGAGCAAACCCCCCGGCAGCUGCGGUGCCUGACGUGGAGCAGCAGCAGUUUCAGGCCAUGGCCUCAGUUCUCAUGCUUGGGGGACAAUCUUGGUGAGCCCCUUCCCCGCUUCCCACCCUGCAGCAGUCCCUUUGGGCAAAGCUAUCAGAGGCUGGAUGUAAAUCCAUCAAGCACCAGCCCGUAAUUAAUUAAUUUGCGUGUUUUGACUCCUUCCCUUCGUAGCUCCCGAUUAAAAGCUUAUUUAAGGGGUCACAGACUUCCUCAGUUCCAGAGGGAUUAAAUGUGGGAACAACCGUAGGUCGUAUGUGGGUAAUUGCAACGAGGAAAUGCUCCAAAUUAAAGCUUCCUGCUAGGUCUGUCCAGUGGGAAAACCAAACAAUUCUUUCAGAAUGCCUUUAAAAUCAGCAUCAUGCAGAAAUACGUGGAUUUUUCCCAUCGUGCUGCUUUGCCUGGAGAACACAAGCGGCAGGAUGUGCUCAGAAAAGACACACGAGCGUAACUAAAGCAGAGGAAUUCAGCAGCAAACGAGCCAGCCUGCUCUGGAGCUGGUUUUGAAGCUCGGGCUCAGUAAUUGCUUGUGAAAGCAGAAAGCCACGGCCACCGAGCCGCGGCCCCGCGCGGUGUGGGACGGAGCCGCGUGGGAAAGGCGGCCUUUGGGAAAGGCAGCUUUUGGGAGAGCAAUGAUUUUUCAUCCCUCGGCUGGGAAGUUUAACCCAUCCGUGCCUCGGGGAGGGCUGGCAAAAGGACAAACUUCUGGUUCUCUUGUGAGUCCUGAUACUCUGCUUCCUGCGAAGGCAAAACUUGUCUGCUUUUCUUCAAAGUUAAUGUGUUAAAGUCCCGUUUGGGGGUUGCAGGGAGCUGGAGCAGCGCCAGCAGCUCUGCUCUCACACAGCGACAAGAUGUGGUUUUCCUCCCUAGCAUGAGAUUCGGGUCGUGCUGCUCGUUCAGCCAUGGGAAAGGUGCUGGCACUGCUCUGUGAUGGGAGUCCCUGGUGAGAGCCCCCAGCAGAGCCCCCAGCUCCCAGGGGAUGCCUUCACUUCCCAGGAUUUUCUUUCCCAGCCCUGGAAGAGUUUUGCAGCCCUGAAGCCCUCGGCCUUUGCAAGCACGAGGCUGUUGCAAGUUCAGUGCAGAGAGUAAGGGAUUUGUCCCUGCUGCCAGCCCGGAGGGGCAGCAAUCCAGGAUGCCCUAGGGGAAUGCCAAUGCAGGAGCUCAGGACAGGCUUGGGACGGGCACUCUGCCCAUCACUGAGCCACUCUGCCCAAAAUCACAGAAUCCCAGACUGGUUUGGGUUGGGAGGGACCUUAAAGCCCUUAAAUCUCGUUCCACCCCUUGCCAUGGGCAGGGACACCUUCCACUAUCCCAGGGUGCUCCAAACCCCAUCCAGCCUGGCCUUGGGCACUUCCAGGGAUCCAGGGGCAGCCACAGCUUCUCCGGGCAGCCUGUUCCACGUGUCUGCUCUGCCAGCUGACCCCUGCCUUGCUCGCUGCCAGCUGGAAGUCUGGAUGGAUAACCCCAGCGCCAAAGGCUGGAGAGUUUGAUACGGAGAGUGCCACUGUCCCCCCCGGGGACACCGGGACACCCCCCGCCCGCGCCGCCCAUCCCGUCCGGCAUCUCCCGGGGCGCUGCGGAUGGAUGGACGCGGCGAGAGGGGACAAGGGGCUGUGCCUGCUCCACACGUGGGAAACGCGGCUCCGCCGGAGGAUUUGGGGACACGGAGCCCUUGUGCAGCCUGCCCCAGGCUGCCGCCAGCGAGUCGCGGCAGCCGGCUGCGUUUCCUCGGGAGAGGCGCUGGUGGAAUUGCUAAUGCUCCAGCCCGGAGGUGCAGCAUGCGGAGCGCUGCAGCUGCAGCAGCAGGUACAGCAGCAGCGCCGCCGUUAAUUAUUGACUGUCCCUUCAAUGAUCAGCCCCGAUAAGGCAGCACCCCCCUCGACAGCCCGGGCAGCGCUGGGUGCUCCGCGUUUUCUGGGAAAAAGAACCGUUCCGUGGAAAAGUAACUCGUUCUAUGCACCGGGAUUGAACUGUCCUCGCAAAGGUCAUCCGAGAGCCGUGGGCUGCUCUGUUGGAAAAUCAAUCCCUCUUUUGUGCUUCUUGGUUUAAACUUGUGUUUGCUUUCUGAGCAAGGUCACAGCUCAGCUGACCAACUUUGUAGCUGCUGGAGCAGGCUGGGGUCCAGCCGCGCCGCGCUCGCUGCUCCCGGCCCUUCGCUGCCGGCUCGGGCGUGGGAGAAGAUGCUUUGGAGGGAGGCAAGAGCUGCUGCUCCCCGGGGGGUUUGUGGGUGCCAGCGUGAGCAGGGUGAAGCGACUCCUCAGCCCUUGUCAGAAGAUGCUUAAGUGACAGCCCAGUUAGACCCCACCAUGGAGAAGACAGAAGCAGAUGGCCAGCUACCCCAACCCGACGGGGACAGGGAGCAGCCCCGCAGCCUCCCCUACUCCCUGGAGACACCCUACGGCUUCCACUUGGACCUGGACUUCCUGAAGUACGUGGACGACAUCGAGAAAGGCAACACCAUCCGGAGGGUCCACAUCCACCGCCGAGCCAAGCAGCCCAAAUUCAGCACCCUGCCGCGAAACUUCAGCCUGCCCGAGAGCGGCUCCCGCGCCUGCUCCGCCGCCGCUGCCAGCAAGAGCUGGACCUCCACCUGCUUCUUCCCGCAGCGAAAGGCAUCCCUGGGCGAGGAGCCCCCCCGGGCCGUGCUGCCGGCCGAGGCAGCUCCCGAGGAGCCGAGCUACCGGCGGCGGGCGCUGCUGGCGGAGACGCGGCGGCAGGCGGAGCCGGGCUGGCCGCGGGAUGCGCUGCGGGCGCGGCCGCAGCUGCUGCGAGCCUCCAGCAUGCCCGAGGCGCUGCCCCCCGGCCACAGCCCCCCGGCGGGACCCCGGAGCCCCCCGCGGCACUGCCACGGCCAGCCCGGCUCCCAGAGCGCCUCCAGCCCCAGCUCGGACGGCAGCGCCUCGGCCCCGCCGCGGGAGAUGGAGCGGGACGGCCCCGUGGGGCAUCCCGGGGGGGGUCCGGGCCCCCUGCAGCCCCCCUGGCAGAGCCAGCAGCUGCAGGUGCUGGUGGAGAGCGGCGCCGAGGAGGGCGAUGCCGCCGAUGGCUCCGGCGUGGCCAGGGGCGAGGCAGCGGCUCCGGCUGCCCUCCGGCCGGCAGAGGAGAGCGUGAACCCUGCGGAAAGGGGGCCGAGUGUGAGCGACAGGGAUCUGAACGUGCUGAAGGAAGGAGAGGAGAGGAGUGUCCAGGCUGGAGGGGACAAGGAGAGCGGUGCUCCCCAGGCUCCUGACCGUGGAGAGCCCGGCGGGGUCACGGCGCUGAAGCAGCAGGUCGCUGACCUGGAGGAGCAGCUGGCCAGGAAGAAAGAGGAGCUCGAGCAGGUCAGGGCAGUGCUGCAGCAGCAGGAUCAUGAGAUCCAGGAGAAGGAGAAGAGCAUCAAGCUGCUGGCCAGCUCCAAAGCUCAGCUGGAAGAGCAGCUGUGGCAGGAGAAGUCCAGAGAGGCUGAGCUGCAGAGGCAGCGGGGCAGCGGGGCCUCGCAGCGCCUGGAUGCUGCGGUGAACACGGAGCUCUCCCAGGUGACAGGGCUCAGGCAGGCCCAGGACAAAGGCAUCAACGUCAAUAUCCCGCUCUCCACCAGAUCCAUCGGCGUCGGCGCCCACAGGGCACAGAGCAUCAGCGCCCAGGCCGUGGAGGUGUGCAGGGAGCAGGGGCCGGCAGGUGCUCGAGCAGAGGGACCUUCUGGAGAGGCCAGCACGGAGGCUGGGCUUCCUGCUCCCUGCUUCACCCAGCUGCAGAUCCACGAGCACCUCAGCGACGACAACCAGAACCACCAGAACUCCCUCGGCCCAAAGGCGGCCCAGAGCGAGGCGGGCUUUGGAGAAGAGGAACCUCGGGAAGGGCUGCAGGAGGAAGGAGCCCCUGGCCAUGAGGACCUCCCGGCUGUUGACCCCAUUGGCCAAUAUGUAAAAAAGAUCCAGGAGCUCCUGCAGGAGCAGUGGCUGUGCUUGGAGCACGGGUACCCCGAGCUGGCCAGCGCUAUCAAGCAGCCGGCCUCCAAGCUCAGCUCCAUCCAGAGCCAAUUAGUUAAUUCCCUCAACUCCCUGCUCUCUGCCUACUCCUCACAAGGGCCCGUGGAUAAGGAGAAUUCCAACACGCACUAUCAACAGUUGGAGAACUCUCCAACCACAAGUCUUAAAUCCAUCAUGAAAAAGAAAAGUUGUGGUUUCCAUGCAGGAGGCAAUGGGACCAAAAAGAAUCUCCAGUUUGUUGGGGUAAAUGGUGGCUACGAGACAACGUCGAGUGAAGAAGACACCAGCUCUGAGGACAGCGCGUCGGACGGCGACACCGAGACCGAGGCCGAGGGCAGAGCUGGGGACAUGGAGCCCGAGCAGGAUGGAAGGGAAAGCAGAGGGCCUUCCUCAGGGGAGAAGCGUGAGGAGGAUGAUGAUGAUGAGCAGGAGGCAUCAGCAGGAGCAGCACCCUGCUCUCAGCACCAGGCUCACAGAUGCAAACCCUCCGAAGAUUUCCUUGCUGCCUGCCAGCUCCUCAGUGAACACCUCCCAGAAAUCAGGAGCAGAAGCAAUAAGCAUCUGCAGCACGUCCUCGGCUCCAUCUCCCAGGAGUGGUUCCAGGUGUCCAGCCACAAGGCUUCCAGGCCAGAGGUGGUGGCAGCGUACCUGGAGGUGCUGAGGGACAUCCAGCCCCAGCUCCUGGAGACCGUGGUGAACCUGCCUGACAGGAAUGGCAACACAGCUCUCCACUACAGCGUGUCCCAUUCCAACUUCCAGGUCGCAAAGCUCCUGCUGGACACGGGCAAGUGCUGCCUGGACCUGCAGAACCGUGCUGGCUACACGGCCGUGAUGCUGACGCCGCUGGCGGCCCCCGAGACCCGCCAGGACAUGGAGGUGGUGAUGAGGCUGCUCAAGGAGGGGGAUGUCAACCUGAGAGCUGCCCAGGGCGGGCAGACCGCGCUGAUGCUGGGGGUCAGCCACGACAGGGACGACAUGGUGCGGGCGCUGCUGGCCUGCCAGGCCGAUGUCAACCUGCAGGACGAGGAGGGCAGCACGGCGCUGAUGGUGGCCUGUCGCCAGGGCAACGCCGACAUCGUGCGGCUGCUGCUGGCGCAGCCCGGCUGCCGGGUCACGCUGACGGACAAGGGCGGGAACUCAGCGCUGUCACUGGCCCGCGGGGACAUCGCAGCGCUCCUGCGGGCCCACAUCGAGCUCAGCCCGUCCCUCCAGGUGUGACCGAGCCCACACCGAGCUCAGCCCGUCCCUCCAGGUGUGACCGAGCCCACACCGAGCUCAGCCCGUCCCUCCCGGUCCCAGCACGGCAGCUGGGAGCCAGCACUCCUCCCUGAGCAGCGCCGCUGUGGCAGGGCCACGCAGCGGGGUCACAGGGCAGGAACGUCCCUGCACCAUCCAAAUCAUGCUCCCUGUGCCUAAUUCUCCUCAUUCGUCCCACUCGCAGCCCUGAUCUGUGCCACAAACAACUCCAGACUCUCCUCGUCUCUCGUCUCCGCUUCUCCCGGGGUAGAUUUGGCAGGUGAGCACCCAAAAUAACAGAAAAGCACAUUAGAGCAGCAAUACUUAGUCUUUUGUAACCUGAGGUUAUGGGUGUCCUUUUAAUCGACUACUUAACUGUAUCUCAUUUAACUUGUAAGUUUGUGUCCUAAUAUUUAUUAUCAGCUCUCCUGUAAGUAGUGGCAGGCAGCGAUUACUCCGUGUAUGUAACAACAAACACAAGCUGGAUGGAUUAUGGAAAGCAUAAAAUCCUAUUUAUGUUUGCUUCUGCGGGUCUGAUGUAAGAAUUAAAAAUUAAUGCUCUAGGAAAAUAUUUGAGCAUGCCAGACCCAAACACGCAGACAUUGUUUUGCCUGGCUUUGGCAUUACCAUAUGGCUGUUAUUUUUCCCUAAUUAAGUUUGAGCUAACGAGGAAGUGCAGCCCACUGACAGGCUCUGCAUCACGGUGGGGUGGGGCAGGGCAUUCCAAGCCCUGGAAGAUCCCAGCAGAUUCCCAUCCCAGGGUGUGGUGAUGCUGUCCAAGAGCUCCGUGGAGUGGCUUUGCUGGCAGAUGCCUUUUGGAGCAGCGUUUGCUCCUUGCUUUUCCUCUGCUCAAUUGUAAUAUUCCCAAACUCCUCCUCUAAAGCCAAGCCGUGGUUUAGGUGCUGGAAUUGGGUCUCCCCCACCAUGGAGCACCCACAGGGUCCAGCAUCACCUCAAAUCUGGGUUUUUUCUUAAAUCCCUUUGCUGACAGAGAGGGAGGCAGGGCUCAGGCCCCACUUUUCCAAGCAUCCUUGUUCUGCUGCAUCAGGACCCACUGGCUGCUCUCCCUUGGCUUUGGUGGAGCACACCCAGAUCUCCCUGAUUACCUAAUUACUCUUUUUUUCUUUUUUUUUUUUUUUUUUUUUUUGUAAGCAGAAGUAAAUUGUGGGCCCCUCUGGUUGUUGUUCAGUCAGUUCACAUCCUGACAAAAUGUCUCCUGAGCUGCCUUGUGCCCCCGUCCUUGCAGGGAGGGGAGAGCAGCCCUGACCUCUGUUUUCCAUGGAAAUCUGCCAUCUGCUCACUUUGCUUUCCUUUCUUCACAUUUUCAGUCCAGGCAUUCACUAUCUCAAACUUCUAUCUGCCUCUUUUUUUUUUUUUUUUUUUUUUUAAUCUAUAACCCAAAAUGCCUCUUUGUGUACAAAUAAAAUGAAUUAAACCUUUCCCUGUGUGUGUUCCUGCCC